CGGUGUGCGAGCGGUUUGUUUACAUUGUCUGCGAUGCAAUAAAUUGGUGAAAUAACAAUCUUUCGGCGAUUAGUUUAUCGUGAAAUCGUUGAUAAAAUAACGCACACUACUCAGCAAUGGUGAAUGUUAUGAAAGGCGUGCUCGUUGAAUGUGAUCCGGCUAUGAAACAGUUCCUACUCCAUCUGGACGAAACGCAAUCACUGGGGAAGAAGUUUAUCAUACAAGAUUUGGACGAGAAGCACCUAUUCAUUUCGGUCGAAAUCGUCGAAGUACUGCAAGCCCGCGUGGACGAUUUGAUGGACCGCAUCAGCUUCCCGCUACACGAGAAAGAAGCUUAAAAACUACCAUCCUGCGAAGCCGUAGCACUCACUACCACCCCCUAAAAACAGUCUCAUAAACUCAACUCCAACAAGAUGGCCGGUCGCGAAUCGGGACGCAUCCGGGAGGCGGACAAAAAGCGAACCCUGGACGAUGCCGCACGCCAGCGACGCGCGCGCAAAGCGCUGGAAGCACUCGAGCAGGACAACUUCCACGAAGACCCGCACGCGGACCUGGUCAUGUCGAAGAAGGUGCCCAAAUUCAGCGACAAUCUCGAUGGCAGUGGACCGAGCAAGAAGAAACACCGCCGCACGAAAGGGGCCGAAUACUAUCGUGCAAAGUAUCGUAAAACGUUUCCGCAGCUGCUGGAUGAGGAACGGCAACAGCGACCGGAUCCGCCGAACUAUUUCAGUGCCGCUGCACCCGCUUCCCGGCUGCCCGAGCGACACUUUUGUGCAGUGUGUGGAUUUCCCUCCAGCUACACGUGCACGGCUUGCGGGACGCGGUACUGCUGCGUACGGUGCUUGGGUACGCAUCAGGACACGCGCUGCUUGAAAUGGACCGCUUAGAGGACUUAGAGUGAGUGGUUGAGUGAGUGUGCCGGAAAGGAAAGGUAUAUUAUAAUAAACUGAAAUCAAUUCUCAUAACUUAAACGAAAAAAACAGACACAGGGCUUUGCUCCAUUUGAUGAUGUUUAUUUGGCAUCCUAAAUAUGACAUAAAAAUUAUUGAAUUGUCUAAA